GUUUCAAUGCUACACUCACGGUGGAUUUAGGGGAGAUAUUAUGAGGCUGGUGUCAUUAGGCGAUAGCUAUUGAAUCAUUCAAUCUUGACUCGUCGUUUCUUUUCCUUGAUAUUUUUCUUUCUCUCUCAGGUCAUUCCAUGGUUUUCAGAUCCCCUUUAGAGCUUUAUCCCUCCCAUUUCUUCCUGCCAAACUUCGCUGAUCGCCCUUUGGUUUUGGCGAGCAGCGCACCCAGCGCCAGAUCUCCCGAAGAGUUGUCAAUGUUUCAGCUACCCACUCUCAACUUCUCUCCGGAGCAAGUGGCGAGCGUCUGCGAGACGCUGGAAGAAACCGGAGAUAUCGAGCGACUGGGACGGUUCCUCUGGUCCCUGCCCGUGGCACCGGGGGCGUGCGAGGCGAUCAACAAACAUGAGUCUAUCCUGCGAGCCCGCGCCGUGGUUGCCUUCCACACGGGGAAUUUCAGAGACUUGUACCACAUCCUGGAGAACCACAAGUUUACCAAGGACUCCCAUGGCAAAUUGCAGGCCAUGUGGUUAGAAGCGCACUACCAGGAGGCCGAGAAGUUGCGUGGUCGCCCCCUCGGACCGGUAGAUAAGUACAGGGUUCGGAAGAAGUUCCCACUGCCCAGGACCAUCUGGGACGGCGAGCAGAAGACCCACUGUUUCAAAGAGAGGACACGCAGUCUGUUAAGGGAGUGGUAUCUGCAGGACCCGUAUCCCAAUCCCAGCAAGAAAAGGGAACUGGCUCAAGCCACUGGACUCACUCCUACACAAGUCGGGAAUUGGUUUAAAAAUCGGAGGCAAAGAGACAGAGCGGCAGCUGCAAAAAACAGGCUCCAGCACCAAGCAAUAGGACAAAAUGGCAUGCGAUCGCUGUCAGAAUCCGGGUGCACCCCGCACAGUUCGGCUGAGUCCCCGUCAACGGCGGCCAGUCCGACCACCAGCGUUUCCAGUAUGACGGAGAGAGUCGAAACGGGCACAUCCAUUCUUUCUGUAACCUCCAGUGACUCGGAAUGUGAUGUAUGAUACGGAAAAGAAAGAAUUAAACAGGGAAUACGGACCUGAAAAGAACAAAAAACUGAGACUAUAUAAAAAUAUCGGGGAAGAAAAAAAGGACCAAUUGGUAUUAUUAAGAAAGAGAGACAAGCACGUCUUUUGCAAGCGCUUUCCAUGGACGCACACCUUUCCCAACUCCCCACCACUAAUUGCAUGAUAUUCUUUUGUAUCUGGGAAAAUAAUAACCUGCGUUCAAUAUUUUUACAAGGAGCGCCAAGAAGAGGGAAUAACCAGAUGUUUAUCGCCUUUUUUUAAAAAAAAAAUCUCUCUCUAUCUCUGUUUUAGUCCAAGUGGUGAUGACGGUCAACCAAGAUGCAAUCCUCUCUCGUUUUAUUUUAUGUUCAUCAGACAAUCAUUCGAUUCGUAAGCACCUUUUUUUCUACACUUCUGUCACUGCCUGUGUGGGUACUGGUCAAAUGUGGAACCGAAUAGUUAUGACUGUAUCAGAUUUUUAUUUUUAUUUCAAGAUUUUAUAUGAAUUAUGUAUAUCUAAAAUAAUGCGAUCAUUCUCCCAGUCUGUAAUAUAUGUGUAGAGAGAUGCUUGUAUAUGAUACUGCUGUUCUUCUCUAUCUCCUUUUCUAUUCUUGUUCACUAUUCUUGGCUUGGUGUUCCUACAUAAAAUAUUUGUCAAAACGUCUGACGAAGUGCUAUAGGUUUUCUGUUUUGUUAUGAUUUUUUAAAGGGGAAUACGGCGGUAGAUUAAAAAAAAAAACAUCGAGUGCUAUUGUUCACUUUUAUGCAAAAGCUAUUUGGAGUAUUUUUCUGCGACCUGUCAGGAAUCCUCCAAGUUCGCUUAGGGCGCUUAUUAUUCAAUGUUCCUUUACCUGCGUGUUUAUGUUCAUGUUUAUGUAUAAAUUUCUAAAUCAAAUACAGUAUUCCAUUUUCUUA